CCGCCGCGGCGCGCGGGCCCAGCGGCUGGUGCUGGUGCCGAGCUCUGGGCGGCGAGGAGGAUGGCCAAGGUCCGGGAACUGGAGGACGCCUUCCUGCAAGCGCAGCCUUUGCCCCAACUUUCCCCCGAGAUCCAGGAGGAGUGCUGCGUGCAGCUCCUGGGCAAGGGUUUGCUCGUCUACGCGGAGGAGAGAGCGUACCUGGCGGCCGAAGCGCAGCCCCGGGGCGCGCUGGGCAGCGGGGAGAAUGCGGAGGACGCGGAGCUGCGGGUGGGAGUGAAGUCAGAAAUGCACUUAAGCAACGGAAAUUUUUCCUCUGAAGAAGAGGAUGCAGACAAUCACUACAGCAAAAGCAAAACAGCCGAUCAACACCUCUCUCAGAAGAAAACCAUCACGCAAAUUAUGAAGGAUAAAAAGAAGCAGACUCAACUCACGCUGCAGUGGCUUGAAGAAAAUUACAUAGUGUGUGAAGGAGUUUGCCUACCACGGUGUAUCCUUUAUGCACACUAUUUAGAUUUCUGCAGGAAAGAGAAACUGGAGCCAGCCUGUGCAGCCACCUUUGGAAAGACAAUUCGCCAGAAAUUUCCCCUCCUAACAACACGGCGGCUUGGAACAAGAGGCCAUUCAAAGUAUCAUUACUAUGGAAUUGGCAUCAAAGAGAGCAGUGCAUAUUACCACUCCGUUUAUUCUGGAAAGGGCCUGACAAGGUUUUCUGGAAGUAAACUGAAGAAUGAGGGUGGUUUUACUCGUAAAUAUUCGCUUAGCUCAAAAACGGGAACACUUCUUCCAGAAUUCCCCAGCGCUCAACACCUUGUGUACCAAGGAUGCAUUUCUAAGGACAAGGUCGAUACUCUCAUAAUGAUGUACAAAACUCACUGCCAGUGCAUCCUGGAUAAUGCAAUUAAUGGGAACUUUGAAGAGAUCCAGCAUUUCUUACUACACUUCUGGCAAGGAAUGCCUGAUCAUCUUCUUCCCUUACUUGAGAACCCUGUCAUCAUUGACAUUUUCUGUGUUUGCGACUCAAUUCUUUACAAGGUUCUUACAGAUGUACUCAUUCCUGCAACAAUGCAAGAAAUGCCAGAAAGCUUAUUAGCAGACAUAAGAAAUUUUGCUAAAAAUUGGGAACAAUGGGUUGUUUCAUCCUUGGAAAACUUGCCAGAAGCCCUAACAGACAAGAAAAUACCCAUUGUGCGGAGAUUCGUAUCUUCUCUGAAGCGACAAACAUCUUUCUUACAUCUUGCUCAGAUUGCCAGACCAGCUCUCUUUGACCAGCAUGUUGUGAAUUCUAUGGUAUCUGAUAUUGAAAAGGUUGAUUUGAAUAGUAUUGGAUCUCAGGCCCUUCUUACCAUUUCAGGCAGCACAGACACCGAGUCUGACCUCUACAGUGAACAUGACUCUAUCACUGUGUUCCAAGAACUGAAGGAUUUGCUUAAGAAGAAUGCCACUGUGGAGGCUUUUAUUGAAUGGUUGGAUACUGUAGUAGAACAGAGAGUUAUUAAGACCAGCAAACAAAAUGGAAGAUCAUUAAAGAAGAGGGCUCAAGACUUUCUGCUAAAGUGGAGUUUUUUUGGUGCUCGAGUAAUGCAUAAUCUCACCUUAAACAAUGCAUCAAGUUUUGGUUCUUUCCACUUGAUCCGAAUGCUUCUUGAUGAAUAUAUUCUUCUGGCCAUGGAAACUCAGUUUAAUAAUGACAAAGAACAGGAGUUACAGAAUUUAUUGGACAAAUAUAUGAAGAAUUCUGAUGCAAGUAAAGCUGCCUUCACUGCUUCCCCGAGCUCAUGCUUUCUUGCCAAUCGUAAUAAAGUGAGCUCAGUUUCCAGUGAUGCUGUGAAGAACGAAAGCAAUGUGGAGACAACCUACCUUCCUCUGUCAUCCAGUCAACCUGGAGGCUUACUCCCUGCUCUGCACCCAUUCCCUGCUGGGAACACAGACAACAUGCCACUCUCAGGCCAAAUUGAGCUUUCACAGAGCACUGGCCAUCUGGCGACGCCACCUAUUUCCCCAGCCACGGCAAACCGAGGCAGCGUCAUUAACCAAGGGCCAAUGGCAGGAAGACCUCCAGGUGUGGGCCCAGUGCCAGCAGCCCCACCACACCGCUCCACCCAUCCAGAGCCUGAUUAUCCCGCCCUCGCUCAAGCCAGCCAUGACUUUUACGGGCCCGGCGCUGACUAUCAGACUGUGUUCAGGACCCAGCCCCACCCCCCACCAGGACUCUACCCUCAUCGCUCGGAGCAUGGGCGAUGCAUGGCCUGGGCUGAACAGCAGCUUCCUAGAGAUUUCUUCAGCGGCAGCUGUGCUGGUUCUCCAUACAAUUCCAGGCCACCCUCCAGCUACGGGCCAUCCCCACAUGCUCAAGACGCACACAGUAUGCAGUUUUUAAAUACCGGGAGCUUCAAUUUCCUGAGCAAUGCGGGAGCUGCCAGCUGCCAAGGAGCCACCCUGCCUUCUAGUUCACCAAAUGGAUACUAUGGAAGCAAUAUAAACUACCCAGAGGCUCACAGGCUUGGAUCAAUGGUGAAUCAACAUGUUUCUGUCAUCAGCAGCGUUCGCUCACUGCCUCCCUACAGUGACAUCCACGAUCCACUUAACAUUUUAGAUGACAGCAGUAGAAAGCAGACCAACUCAUUUUAUGCAGACACAUCUCCAGUUGCAUGUCGGACUCCAGUAGUAGCUUCCAGCUUACAAACCCCAAUUCCUUCCUCUUCAUCCCAGUGUAUGUAUGGAACUUCCAGUCAGUAUCCAGCGCAAGACACUCUGGACUCCCAUGGAGCAAACAAUAGAGAAAUGGUGUCCUCUUUACCACCCAUCAACACUGUGUUUAUGGGAACUGCAGCUGGAGGCACCUAAGCCAGCAAUGCUGAGUGAUAUUGAAACUUUAAAAAUCUCUACUAUGUUAAUAUGUAUUCAUUCAAACUCCCAUGAGGGUGAAGGAUAUGGACUAUGCAGUGGCUAAACAUUGUUUUUCAAGUCACUGGUACCAAUAGUUUGCCUUUCACAAAAUAGUUUAAAAUGUGAUCUCAUUACUAAUCAUAGUUUCAAACACUGUCUAAUGAAACCGGUGGAGAUUUGAAGAUUUAGACAUACAACUAUGAAGAUUUAAUAUUUCUAAUUUAUUGAAAAUCUGUAUGCUCCUUCACCUUUGGAUUCUAAAAAAGAGAAAAUAUAUUUAAUGCCUUUACAAUGCCUUUAAUUUAUUAGGAUCUUAGAAUCAUUGUUUACUAUCCUUUAUUUGACAAAAAGUCAAAUGACUAUGUUCUACCUCCUAUGGAAAUGUUUACAAGGUCAAGAUUUAAUUCAAUUCAGCCUAGACCAACUGGCUUGAUUUUCCAUUCUUGUGCAUUAGUGAGAUGACUUCUGUUACAUAGUGGCAUUCCUAUUCUUUAUGACUGAAUAGAGAUGAUAAAUGAUUUCCCUUUUUAUUUAAAAAUAUAAGAGGAAAUAAAAGAAAUAAUGUAUGGAAAUA